GUAUUCGUCGCGCGCGCAUUUCGUCUGAAUCUACGUUGAGCUCUAUCAUUGAAAUCAGGCUUAAAUUUUUUUUCUCCUCAAGAAAUAUAGAAUAAAUUCUCAAAUUUUCAGAGAAAAGUGUACUUAAAAUAAAAAUGAAAAAUCGAACUAAAAAAAUGGUGAAUUAUUAAAAUAUUCUUUUAAUGCAAAAAAAAAAAAAACAAUUUUUUUUUUCUAAAAGUAAAAAAUUUCGAUACGAAAAAAAAUGAAAAAUCUAUUAAUAUUAGCAAAGACUAAUAAUAUUCUAUAUCUAAAAAGCCAUUAAAUUUAAUACAUGCGAAAAAAAAAAUUGUCAAAAAAAAAAAAUUUCCCAACAAUGAAGGAGAAAAAAAGUGUACCGAGCUUAUAAGUAAAUGAACAAAAAAAAAAAAAGGAAAAUGCUCCACUGAUAGAAUUUUUUUUUCGAUAAGUGUAUUGAUUCAGCUCAUUAAUAUACACAAAAGAGUGACUAAAAAUAGAAAAUGCGAAACGUUAAAAAGUGAAAAUUAAGUUUAGAAAAAAAAAGAAAAAAAAAUAGUAAAAAGGGUGCUCCGUAUAUGCAUAUGUGUGUGAUGUGAUGUGAAAAGUGAAUUUGUGCAUCGAUAAUUCUUCUUCUUCGUCUUCUUCCAUAGUUUUAUUUUUUUUUUUUUUUAGUCGAAAAGAAGCAUGACUCUUCAUGCUCGUCCAAUGGUACUAAACUAUAAGUUGAAGGAUUUUACUACCUUUAAGGACAAAGAAUUCAUCUGGCACGUGACUACUAAAAACGAGUGAGACCUGGUGUUAGCAAUGUCGAACAUCACGACGACAAGUCGAAUUCCCCUCGAGUAUUGGAAUCGAAGAUCAAUCGAUUUAGCUGAUGAUAUUGAGGACGAGGUUGUUAGAAAUAAUCGAUUUUCCACUGUGACAUCAUCGACUGAUGAUUUAUCAAAUGUUAGCCUAUCAUCAACAACGACAACAUCAGCGGCAGCAGCAACAACAACAACAUCAACAUUAUCGGGAAAUGGAAAUCUUUUUGAAAAUUUAAUACCAGCACUUUAUGUGACAAUAUUUCUAUUGUCAGUCGUUGGAAAUUCUCUUGUUUUAAUCACAUUGUUUAGAAACAAACGAAUGCGAACUGUGACCAAUGUCUACCUGUUGAACUUGGCAGUGUCGGACCUACUACUUGGAGUCUUUUGCAUUCCAUUCACGCUUCUCGGCCACAUGCUCAAGAACUUCGUUUUUGGAAUUGCCUUGUGCAAGCUCAUACCAUAUUGCCAAGCUGUUUCAGUUUCUGUAGGAGUUUGGACACUCGUUGCCAUUUCAUUGGAGAGAUAUUAUGCGAUUUGUCGACCACUUAAAUCGAGAACAUGGCAGACAGAAUCUCAUGCUUAUAAAAUGAUUGUCAUUGUCUGGGCAAUAAGUUUAACAUGGAGUGCGCCUAUUUUUGCGGUUUCCAAGCUCAAGAGCAUCAGGGGAGGCAGACAAAAGUGUCGUGAGGAUUGGGGUGAUAGUGUUGAAUAUGAGAGGGCAUAUAAUAUUUUUUUAGAUGGUGCUCUAUUAUUAGUGCCGUUAAUUGUUAUGAGUUUAGCAUAUUAUUUAAUAGCAAGUAAACUUUGGAGGGGCCUUCAACGUGAAAUUCGUCAAAGUUCAGUGUGCCUGGGAAAAUUACGUGAAUUUCCUAGCAGAAUAAGUCGUGAAAAAUCAAUGGAUCGUGAACAUUCAGGAAUAAUGGAACGUACAACAAUGUUUAAUUCACGAUCUGAUGAUUUAGCUGGACCUUCAAAUUCAAUGUCUUCCACAAAUCGUGUCAGAUGCAAUCGAAUAAGCUCAAAUCGUCGCGCAAUGUCUGCCAAGAUACGAAGAUUAAAAUCAUCGACAAAAAAUUCAACAAAUGUAGAUGUUAAUGUCAAUGUAAGUGGUAGCAAUGAUUUAAAUUCAAUUAUAACAUUACCUGGAACUAGUGGAACUGCCAAUGGAAAUGGUAGGAGAGGCUCAGUGAUUUAUCGGGAAACGGAUGAACCCGGAGGAGGAAUUGAGAGUCGUCAAAAUUCAACUUAUACUUCGAGACGGCAACAUGUCAUUCGCAGUAACUACAUGGGAAAAAGUAUUGAGGCUAAAAAGAAGGUAAUAAGAAUGCUUUUUGCCAUUGUAUUGGAAUUUUUCGUCUGUUGGGCGCCUUUAUACGUCAUCAAUACGUGGUAUCUAUUUGAACCAGAUUUGCUAUAUUCCCUUGUUGGUAGCACUGGAAUUAGUCUCGUACAACUCUUGGCUUAUAUUUCAAGUUGCUGCAAUCCUAUCACCUAUUGCUUCAUGAACCGGAAGUUCCGAGAUGCUUUUCUCAGUCUCUUUGAUUGGUGCAGUUGCUGGAGAUUGCGAUGCGGGGACCGUGGUACCUCCACAGGGGUCACAAGAAAUAUCACUCAAGCUGGAAACAGUGAAGUCAGUGCAAACGACUCAGCCAUUUACUUAAACAGAGCAUCACUCAUUGGCAAAUCGGAAGUGGUUCGACUAUUAGGCGAUGAGGAUCGUGUUUAGCAAAGAGCUUUGCCUGGAACGAUCGAUAAUUCAUGUUCCAGGAGAUGUUUGAAGACGACUGAAAUAAUUUGUGAUUCACAUUUGAAGUUGAAAUCGUAAAUUUUACGAAAUAUAAUCUCAAUUCUCUAUAUUUAGAAAUAAUAUUAAAAAAAAAAUUUUUCAAUUUCCACUUGAAAAUGGCACUUUAAUUUUGUAUUUUUUUUUUUUUUUGUCGUUUUGGCAAAAAAAAGGGGCAACAAAAAGGAAGAAAAAAAAAUGGAUAAAAAAGAAUCGUGAAAAAAAAUUGUGAGUAAAUUUGACUCUUUUAAUUGGAAGAGAAGGAAAAAUUGAUUCAAAUUUUUUUUUAUUCCUGAAAAAAGUUAUGACUAUGAAAAUUUAGUAUAAGACAAUUUUUUUUUGGUAACUAUGAAGAGUAUUAUUUUACAUCGAACUUUGAUUAUUAUCAAUUUUGAAAUAUAUAGGAAUUAUUUUCUAUUUAAAACUCUGUGUCGCUAUUGAAAUAAUGAAAUUUA